AUGCACCAAUCCCCCAAAAAGAUUUUCUUCGUCGCCCUGGCCGUACUCUUCUGUGGGUUGGCCCUGGCCGACGAGGGCUACGGCGGCUACCAUGGACCAGUCGAGGCCGUCGUGGAGGCGCGAGGCCGCACUGGACCCGGCCUGGCCUUUGUCUCCUUCAAUGCCACCAGCAUCGACGCCCGUGCCAAGCGCGUCUACAGCCUGUCCCUGAACCCUACCAGCGGCGCCUCCGGUUCGACGUUCACCGCCACCUACUCGGCCGACGAUUUGACGAGCACGUGGAUCGGCAUCUUCGCGAGCGGGUCGUCGUCGACGAGCAACUUCAAGUACGUAACGGCCGCCAGCGGUUCGGUCAGCUUCAGCACCUCCGGUCUCGCCGCCGGCACCUACAACGUGUACCUCGUCAUCUCCACGGGCUACGUCAAGGCCAGCGCCACCUACACCGUGACUGGAAGCUCCACCACCACGGGCUCGACCACGGGCUCGACCACCACCACUGGCAGCACCACCGGCACCACGCCGUCUGGCGAUCCCACCACCUGGUUGAACGCGCACAACGGCAAGCGGGCGCAGUACGGCGUGCCCAACCUCGCGUGGAGCACCAACCUGCAGACCUCGGCCCAGAACUACGCCAACACCCUCGCCAGCGGCUGCACCUUUGCUCACAGCGGCGGCAACUACGGUGAGAACCUCGCUAUGGGCUACUCGAGCAUCCAGGCGGUGCUCAACGCGUGGGUGGACAGCGAGGCCCAGUACUACAACGCGGCCACCAAGCAGUGCAGCGGCGGCGUGUGCGGCCACUUCACGCAGGUCCUGUGGCGCACCACGUCGUACGUGGGCUGCGGCAUCGCCCGCCAGGUCAUGAGGGCCUGCGAGCAGAGCCUCACUCACCUCGUGGCCUGA